UGAAUGAAGAACCUUAUAAAAGGCACUCACUCACUACAUAAACCUUUGUGAUAAACACUAGCACUAGCAACUCCACCACCAGCAUGCCAUUAUAAAAAGCCACAUAGAAAAAGUUUGGCCUCCAAGAACCCUUUCCUUCACUUCACACCCAAAUUCACAACCAAAUUCAUUCAUUCAUUCAUUAUCAGAUUCGAGCAGAGCAAGAACUCCGGUGGUGAUUCGAAAGAUGUGGCGUGGGCUGGCAACAAUGAGGCAAAAUCUCCAGAACAUAAGGAAGAGCCCCAGAGUAGCAGAUGAGAGCAUGGUGAUUGGAGGUGGGAACCUAGCAGAACUGCCAAUUUUUGCAGGACAUGGUCAUCAACAUCAAAUGGAUAGAAGAUCUUCAUCGCGCGUACGUUGGAUUAAGGGGUUUUCGGUGUUGUACAGUGUUGUGCUUGUGCCAUUUUCUGCUCUCUCUUGCUUUUCUCAACCUGAUCAUGUUCAUGGUGCUGAUGGGGUCUGGGCAUCUGGUGAAUUUGCCCAGAUAACAGAGAUGAAUCACCUCAUGGUAAGUGACAGCAUGCGCUAUGCCAUCUUGAUGUAAAAAAAUAAAAAAGAAGAAGAAAAUCAAUUUAAGUUAAUUAUAACAAUUGUAGCAGAUCUUGUUUUUGCA